CUGACAUUACGGUAAGCGAAAGCGGUCAGCGAGAAGUGAGAAGCCAUUGAUUCGUUUAGUCGAGAUUUAGACGUCGUGCGGGUCGUGUGUGUCGGUCGACGCUCCGCAAAACCGCGCGUGUAUUAUUACGCGACGAAAAUCACCAAAGUUUGAUUAACAAUUUGUGCUGUGUGGUGUUUAAUAUACGAGCCAGAUGGAUUACUGCAUUGAACUCUGAUGUGCGAUAACCUAGCUUCACUUCCCGAAACUUCGACGUAAACGUAUCUUUAUUAAAGGUUAAACUGUGAUUAGUGAAAAUGACGCCGGGAGUGACGGAAGACAUGUCCUUAGAACGGAGUAACAAUAAUGUAGUCCCGCUCUUACCGAGGACUACGGUGCGAUUGGAGUUCAAAAACAUUACGUGUACAGUAAAUACAUUUGCCUUGAACAAAUUGCGACUGGAGCAACGACAGAUACUCAAAGGCUUAUCAGGAUGCUUCAAGCCAGGGGAGCUGACAGCCAUCAUGGGUCCCUCAGGAGCAGGGAAAACUACUCUACUCAACGUACUAGCAGGCUACUCUACUCACGGUGCAAAAGGUGAAAUCGCGGUAAACGGAAUAUGCACGUGCGCCUCCCACUCGACGGGGCGUGGGGGGGUGCGGUACAUCCGACAACAGGAUGACCUGCGAGCCCAUCUCACCGUCAACGAGGCUAUGUUACUCGCCGCUGCGCUCAAACUGGCCGAUUUCACAACCCAGGAGAAGAAAGAGAAGGUUUACGAGAUUCUAGCUCUGCUAGGCCUUACUGAGACCGCGAGGACGUUAUGCAGAGACUUAUCUGGAGGACAAAGACGACGAUUGGCUGUUGCUUUGGAGUUACUCUCAGAUCCCUCGAUUAUGUUCCUAGAUGAACCCACCACUGGUUUAGAUUCUUCAGCAUCAAUGUCUCUCAUCUCCUUGCUGAACAGUCUGGCUCGUGGUGGAAGAACUCUUAUAGCUACCAUUCAUCAGCCAUCAGCCCUGCUCUUUGAAAAGAUAGACUCCGUAUACUGUUUAGAAAAUGGACGGGCGUUGUACAACGGGCCCAGGCAGGGACUUAUACCUGCCUUGGCAAGCGCCGGGUUGAGAUGUCCACCCUACCAUAACCCUGCUGACUUCUUAAUGGAGGUGGCAUCGGGGGAAUAUGAAGUAGAUUUGAUAAAGGCAGCGAAAGUGAUGGCCCAAUAUAAAUACGAUCCAACAGCCAAUGGUAGUUGGGCCAACGUCCCUACGAUACCUGCUCUACCAAGCCCACUAGAUAUAAGCACAGAACUAAAGACAAAACCUCUGCUUGGGAAUGCGAAGCAUCAGAAAAAAUACUCUAAACACACGUACAGACAGGCCGGUCCACUAAUGCAGACUUGGAUAUUGCUUUAUAGAAACUAUUUAAUGACCACACGGAAUUGCUCACUGUUUAUGUAUCGCGUAGCGGCUCACGUGGUCAUCGCUCUUAUAUUCGGGUACCUCUACUCAGGCGUGGGCAACGAAGCUAGCUCAGUUCUUGGCAACUACGUGUAUUUGUAUGGAUCUAUGCUGCUCGUUGUCUACACUGGAAAGAUGUCUGUUACUUUAUCAUUUCCAUUGGAAAUGAAUAUUUUGCGAGGCGAGUACUUCAAUCGGUGGUAUAACCUAGGUCCAUAUAUUAUCUCGAUAUUGGCUGUGGAGUUACCAUUUCAAAUGAUAUCAUGCGUAUCCUACGUAGUGCUAUCGUACUGGUUAACGGACAACCCGCUGGAGCCGACCCGAGCGACCCUGUUCCUUGCAACGGUGGUUGCAACCUCACUCUGCGCCCAGGCAUGGGGAUACUUUAUCGGCUCCACAACACCUACUAAGAUUGCAGUGUUCGUGGGUCCAGUACUAGCGUGCCUGUUCUCCGUAUUCGGUUUCUGUCUGGCUCUCUCCGACACUCCGUACGCUUUCCGCUGGCUCCAUCACAUCUCGUACUUCCGGGCCGGCUUUCACGUGGCUGUGCACUCCGUUUACGGAUUUAAUAGAACUAGAAUUAAUUGCUCUAAAAUAUACUGUCACUACAAGACACCAAAGACAUUCCUAAUUGAAAUGGACAUGGAGAAUGUUGACGUGGGCGGCAACAUGGCGCUGGUGCUAUCGACCACGGUGUUAAUGCACCUCCUUACAUGCACUGCGUUAUGGUACCGCCUAAACAAAAGAUGAACGAAGGUUUAAACUAGUGUCGAGAACCUUAAAAUGUAACAAAGGAUGUCCAAAUAUUUAUUUACUUACUUGACUAUUAGAGACAAUUGUAGUGCCUGCACUAUUGCCAUUAGGUUUUGACAGGCGCACUUUUAAUGUCACAAAAUAUUUCCCAACAUUGUUCAUAGAUGGCGUUCUUUCAUAAUUUAAGUAGAACUCACUGUCCCUCCGAGAUACGGACAGUCAUAGGACAGGCAUUGUAAUGUUUGUUGAGAUAGUAAUGAUGCAGGUUAGUAUUUGAAUAGUAUAAUUAAACUUCUUCAGUACAAUUGUAACUGUUAUAGAAUGUAUAAAAACAAAUUCGACAAGUUUAUCAUUAAAUUUUUUCAUUACAUUGUUAAUAUAAGUAACGAAACAAAUCACUAUUUCUUAAAUAUUUUAAUGUAACGUCGUUUUACAAUAAUGUGAGAAUAGUUCGUGAAUUUUAUGCAAAUGUAUAAAUUUAAUUCUGGUUUUGUAAUUUCUAUUUUAUGAAUUAUACAAUAACGUAGUAUAAAUAUAUUAAAACAAAUCCACCACUUUGAUAAAAGAAUAAUUAUGCUAAUGAUACUAUGAAUGAACGUAAAAGAUGCUCUACUUUAUGGAUGACUAAGUAUUACACGCAGUUCCACUCGAAUAAAUAAAAAAAAUAAAGUGUUUGGUAGUGUUAAACGCAUCUUCGUAAAAUGUAAGUACUGCGAUUACUUUAAAACACGUAUCCAAAUUCGAAUAAUGAAAAAGUUUUGACUGAUUAAUAGUUCCCAGUUUAAAAUCUAUUUUACUAUUUACAAUUGAAUAAAUUUAAUUUAUGACUAGUUGAAAUACUUCAAUUUUAUUUUUUAAACAUAAACGAACAGUUGGACAAAAAUAGCAUCCUAGAUCUUUUAGUAAACAUUUUUGUAGUUAGAUACAUACAUCAAAUAAUAUAGCUCGUCUCCGAUAUCAGAAACAUCAUUAUGUUUAAAUGAUAAAAUAAUUACGCUGCCCUUGCCUGAUUUUAUAGAUAACGAACUCAUGUAUGAUAUUUCUACAGCCGUAGUAAUAUCAUACAUGAUAAGUAAAAGUAGUAUAAUCAUAAAAAGUAUUAUUCGUGUUUUAUAGAAUUAUUGCCUAAUUUAGUUUUCAAUGAUAGAUUAAUGUAUUUUUAUUGGUUCGCUUUGGUUAAUGAGGUGUUGCAUAAUAUCGUAAGGAAUGGAAGGGAACUUGCAUUUAGAGAAUUUAAGUAGAAUAAUUUUUAAAAUGAAAUCCAAAGGCAUGACUUGUAUAUCAUAGAUUAGAUUUAUUGUUGUUUUUGUUAAAUAAAUACUGUUUAUGACAUAUGACCUCGAAUAGAAAGAGAAAGACAUUUCGUAUUCUUCAUUCAUGUACCGUAAAUAGCUAUAUUUUCUCAAACUUCUUCGUUUGUAGGAAUGAAUCGCAAAAGGUUAUACGGAUAAAAUUGCCAUAGAUUCCAGUGAAUAAUUUAUUUCACAUUUCUAAUCUUUAUGUAUUAUAGAGCACUAAAAUAUUAUUGGACAUUUCUCGAAAAAUCUCAUGAAUAUUUGUAUCUCUUAUAUGUCUCUAUCAAUAAGUUUACUGUUUAUUUUUCUACAGUUUCAUCGUUUUACAUGUUAAUAAAAUUAUUAUUUGUAUCUUUCCUCUCGAUUGACCAACAUUUUGACUCUUACGCAAUUGUGAUUUAUUUAAGUUAAUAUAAUUUUAUAAAAUAAAAUAAAUUAUUUGCCAAUAA